GAAGAGCUCCCGAGGGGACCACGUUGCCAUUAGCACAUGCCGCCCGCCCUCCCGCCCCCCGAGGGCAGACGCGAAGUGACAGCAGCAGCAGCGCCGCUUCGGACCAGGCGGCGAGCAGCGACGUUGCGGGCGAAGGGUUUCCCGGGGCUUGGCAGCCAAUGAGCGGGCGGCAGGGGCGGGGCUUGCGGCCGCGGUUACGGGGGAGGCGAGAGAUGGAUGAGCGUCGUCGUGCGGCGCGCCGGGCAUGGGAGGGAAAGCGGCAUCCCGGCGAAGCCCGAGUCAUUCUGCAUAUGUCACCACCCCGAUCGGCGGGGCAGGAAGUGGGCCAAGUGAUGGGUCGCCCCGGGCCUCGCGGAGGCGCGCCUGCCUCUUGAUGCCGCCGCCGCCCUCUCCCUGGUGGUGGUGGGCGUAAGCCUCCUCUCCCCCUCCCCUGCAAGGCAGGCACAAAGCAGCCUCCCUCCCUCCCUGCCUCCCCCACCACCCCGGCCGGGAGGAGGUGGGGGGAGGCUCCUGCUGCGGAAAAUGACCCCUAUACUGGAGGCUGCUGCCGGGCGAGAGAAAUGGACCCGGUCGAGCGCCGCGAAGAGGGCUGCGUGCUUGCUGGCUGCGGCAUAUGGGCUGAAGAUCCUCUGCCCGCUCGUCUGCAGGCGGAUCAGGCAAGCUGGCUGCAGAAAGGACUUGCGGCAGCGGCAGGUCGCCAGCAGCCGGGCUGAAGGAGGCGAUCUGCCGAAGGAGGCGGCGGCGCUGCUGCAUUGCACGGGGCUGCCGGCGGGCCGAGCCUCACCGGCUGCGAAUGCGGAAUUUUUCCGGCAGCUGCUGGAACUUCGCAAGAUCCUCUUCCCAAAGUUGGUGAGCACCGAAUCGGGCUGGCUGUGCCUCCACUCGGUGGCCCUCGUCUCCAGGACCUUCCUCUCCAUCUACGUGGCCGGCUUGGACGGGAAGAUCGUGAAGAGCAUCGUGGAGAAAAAACCCCGGAGCUUCGCCUUGAAACUGAUCAAGUGGCUCAUGAUCGCCAUCCCGGCCACUUUCGUCAACAGCGCCAUCCGCUACCUGGAGUGCAAGCUGGCGCUGGCCUUUCGCACCCGCUUGGUGGAUCACGCCUACGAGACCUACUUUGCAGAUCAAACUUACUACAAGGUGAUCAACAUGGACGGGAGGCUGGCGAACCCGGACCAGUCCCUCACUGAGGACAUCAUGAUGUUCUCGCAGUCGGUGGCUCACCUCUACUCCAACCUGACCAAGCCCAUCCUGGACGUGGUGCUGACCUCGUACACCCUCAUCCAGACUGCCAGGUCCAGGGGAGCUAGCCCCAUUGGGCCUACGCUCUUGGCCGGGCUGGUGGUGUAUGCCACUGCCAAGGUGCUUAAAGCCUGCUCGCCCAAAUUUGGCAAACUGGUGGCCGAGGAGGCCCACCGGAAGGGCUACCUCCGCUACGUCCACUCGCGGAUUAUCGCCAACGUGGAAGAGAUUGCCUUCUAUAGAGGGCACAAGGUAGAAAUGAACCAGCUCCAGAAAAGUUACAAAGCUCUGGCAGACCAAAUGAACCUCAUUUUGUCCAAACGUUUAUGGUACAUCAUGCUAGAACAGUUCCUGAUGAAGUAUGUCUGGAGCAGCAGUGGUUUGAUUAUGGUGGCUGUACCUAUCAUCACUGCAACAGGAUUUGCAGAUGGCGAAUUAGAAGAUGGUCAGAAACAAGCAAUGGUCAGUGAGCGAACAGAAGCCUUUACUACUUCCCGGAAUUUAUUGGCCUCUGGAGCAGAUGCUAUCGAAAGGAUUAUGUCUUCUUACAAAGAGGUCACAGAGUUAGCAGGCUACACAGCCCGUGUGUACAACAUGUUUUCAGUCUUUGAUGAAGUGAAGAGAGGCAUUUACAAAAGAACAGCUGUUUCUCAACAAUGUGAAAGCAACAACAAGAAGAGAGAGAAAACAGAAAGACGUACUGAUGGCCCAUUAGAAAUCAAAGGAAGAGUGAUAGAUGUUGAUCAUGGAAUUAUCUGUGAAAAUGUUCCUAUUAUUACCCCAAACGGAGAUGUGGUGGCUUCCAGGCUAAACUUCAAAGUCGAGGAAGGAAUGCAUCUUCUAAUCACUGGUCCCAAUGGUUGUGGCAAGAGUUCUCUCUUCAGAAUUCUAAGUGGCUUGUGGCCAGUCUAUGAAGGAGUUCUUUUCAAGCCACCUCCUCAACAUAUGUUCUACAUUCCACAAAGGCCCUACAUGUCCAUUGGAACACUACGUGAUCAAGUCAUCUAUCCCGACUCGGUAGAUGAUAUGCAUGAAAAGGGGUACCAAGACCAGAAUCUUGAAUGUAUCCUGAAGAUCGUUCAUUUGAAUCACAUAGUGCAAAGAGAAGGAGGGUGGGAUGCUGUUACAGACUGGAAAGAUGUCCUGUCUGGAGGAGAAAAACAGAGGAUGGGCAUGGCUCGAAUGUUUUACCACAAGCCCAAAUAUGCUUUGCUGGAUGAAUGUACAAGUGCCGUCAGCAUUGAUGUUGAAGGAAAGAUAUUCCAGGCUGCAAAGGGAGCUGGCAUAUCCCUGCUUUCAAUAACACACAGGCCAUCACUUUGGAAAUACCACACACACUUGCUGCAGUUUGAUGGGGAAGGAGGCUGGCGCUUUGAACAGUUGGACACUGCAAUCCGCUUAACCCUCAGUGAAGAAAAACAAAGACUAGAAUCUCACCUUGCAGGAAUGCCAAAAAUGCAGCAGAGACUGAAUGAACUUUGCAAAAUCUUGGGAGAAGAUUCUGUGCUUAAAACAAUGGAUAAAGAGGAAUAAAUGUGUUAGUUUAUAUUUUUUUCCUUUUUAAAAAGUUAAGUGGGCUAUGUUUUCUGAAACACUAUGAUUUGCAUGCAUUGUGAUUAGCUUAGAGUGUACGGAAGCCUAACUGGCAACCAGCGAAAUGCUUCUGUAAAUCUUCAGCCUUUCAGAGCUGAAGAAGAAAGUUGUUCAGACUAGUGCUGCACCGAAUUGUAGUGAGGUUUGAUUAUGUGGAAGUGAGCUUACAAAGGUUACAAAAAGCCUCUUGCAAGACCUCCAUCUUAAUGGUCUUUGACAUGUCCCCCCACAUCUGUUCACAGCCUCAGUACAAUGUUGCUUCAGCACUAUUUUUAGGGUUUCUUUGGCUGGACUCACAAAGUUAAGAACCACAGGAAUGACGUAGUUAACAUGGUGCUGUCACAGCACUUGGUAACAAAUGCGAGUUGACAACCUCGCUUAGAAGAAACAAAUCCCUUCCCAUCGCUCUUAGAAUGUGAGGAGAGGAAAGAGGGAACAUGUGCCCUUUUCCUGGGAAGCUAGGCUGAUGCUCCCUCUUUUGCUAUGCUGUGUUCGUGAAUUCCUUGCCCACCAGAUCUACACUGCAAGAUUUUCACUCUGAUGCUAUGCUAGUUGUGCAGAGUUAUGCAUAGGGGAUAUGAAUGUGCAGAUAGAUUCACAGCCUAAUGCCCAUCUCUUUGGAAGUAACUAGGAAGAAUGGGCAUCUGUGUUCAGAUGUUCAUACAGUUGUGCAUCCAAAUGUGGAUGCCAUCCCUCCCCAUGGCAUUAUUUUCAGCUGACAGGUAUUCAAAUGCACAUCCAAAUGUGUGUGCACUUUCUAUUUUAAUUAAUAGAACCAUGACCAGUAUUCCCUCUAACAGGGAUUCCCAGAUGUUGUUGACUACAACUUCCAGAAUCCUCAGCCAAAGGCCACAGCAGCAGGGGAUGCUGGGAGUUGUAGUCAACAACAUCUGGGAAUCCCUGUUAGAGGGAACAGUGCACAUGAUUGGAUGAGAGGAAGAAGCAUCUUCCCAGAGUUGCCCCACAGAGACAAGUUUGCUUUCUCCCCAACACCGACUGCUUUGUGGAUAGUUUCACACCUUUUUGCAACAAGGUAAAAAAAAAAGAAAAAGAAAAAUCACUGAAGAAGUCUGGCUUGUUUUGGCCUGGGGGAUGUUCAGGAAGCCUGCCUGCCUUCAGUUUUGGCUCAGCACUGGUCUAGACUUUGAGAAUUCAAUAAGAAGUGUGCUGUAUAUAUGACCAUGCAUUAUGCCUCACAGUCAUUCCUAGUGAGAUGAACUCAUGUUGUUCCUGGGAAGCUACUUGUGUGGUUAGAUUAUCUCAAUAGGUUCUUGCUUCAGAGUCAGUUGGCAGAAGGUCCUCUCCCACCCAACUGCCACAUGCAUAUGAUAUGCCUGCUGUAUACAACAAACAUUUGACAUGUACAAAGGCAUGGAGCAAGGUAGGGCAGGGCAGGGCUGGGGUGAGUAUGCAAGUGCAUGAAAAGAAAACUACUAUGGAUGAAGGAAAACACCGUUCUUUUAAUCCCUGUAAAAGUGACCCCCUUGUUUGCAACUAAUGAUGUGUGCAUGUCAGUAGCUGUAUUUCCUAGGAAAGAACAAAAUGACAAGCAGUCUAGAAAAUGGCUGUCAUGGUGAGAAUGGCCCAGCUUUCCAUUCUGUGCACAGAGAGAUGACAACGAUGGCAUGCAGCAUGCAUGAAUGGCAAAUCUGCCACAAGGCAGAAUUCUGGAGAACAUUUUCAUUCUGUCUUUCACUGUGAUUUCUAUAUCUGUACUUGGUACAGUGUGGGCAGAAAGUUAGAAGACCUGAUUUCUCUCCUUGCUGCUUUUAUGGAUCUACUGUAUUAUCUUAUGAAGGUUGAGAUCAAACUCUACCUAGCACAUCAUAGGAGACUAGAAGGAUAUGCCCUCUGCAAUGUCCUAAGAGUUCCACUGAUGGCAUGCAGCAUAGCAAGCCUAAACCAGGGUUAACUAGUGGAUUCCCCCCCGCCCACUGCCACUUCUGGUGGGUUAGAGCUUGAGCUUUUUGUUUUUGUUUGUUUCUGAGAAAACCUCUCCAUUGUCUCAAAAUAACCAAGUAGGGGGAAAAAAUAGGGAGUGAGGAGAGUGAGCAAAGAAGGGGCCAUGUCACUUCUGGCAAGAUGAAUGCUGUCUUGCAAGGAGUAUGAUAUAAAUAUUUAUAUAGGAGGAUGAUUCAAAGAAGUAAGCCAAUUCACAUUCUUUGGGGUAUUGCAUCAGGUGCAGGUUUCUUGUAAACCUGGAGAGAAUUGCAGAUCAAAGGAGACAGCAUUUAAACUAGGGUGAGUGAGGGUUAUAUUAUUCUAUAAAGUGUUAACGUAUCUUGAUGGUGCUGUAUGAAUUUUAGUAAAUCGGUCCUAAGAGAAAUGUUCCUCCAUAAUGUUCUGUUGGCCUCAAAAGUCAACAUCUGACUUGAAUUAUACACUGAUAACUUUGUACAAGCAACAGUGUUAUAUUCAUAUUUGGGCUUUAUUCUUUAAAAAGAAAAGAUUACUGUCCCUUGUGCAAUGUAUCAGUGGCUCCAAUAUAGCCUGUGGUAACAGCCUACUUAUCCAGAUCUGACUGCAUAUAAGAGUGGAAAGCUUAUUCUGACAGUGAGUCGUUUCAACUUUGCAAAAAACCAUUUGUUGAUCAGUACCAUGAAGCAUGGAUACUGUACAGCAACCGUCUGCUCUAAAGGCAAAUCUUGUGAUAUUUUGUGGCUAUAUUAAUCGCCGUCCUCCUAUUUAGAAUAUCAGAAUAAUAGGCACAAUAGAAAGCAGGAGAUUCUGUCAUCCUUUCAUGAUACUUGCCAUGUUUCUCAACCUUAUGAAAACAAAACGUUCUGGAGAGUUGGAACAAUCUGGACUGAAGGUUAAUCUCCACCAUGUCAUGCAUGAUUUCAGGUUAGCAUGGGAGUUAAGAGCUAUGAGCUGGGAAGUCUCUGGUUCAGAUCUUGCCUCACCUGUGAGUUCUCUGAGCUGCCUCUUUCUUCACGUCAGCCAUCCCCUUAUCUUUAAUAUGGGGAUAAUACUGGCCCACCUUCCAGGGCUAUUGAAGGAUUCCUGCAAUGAAGAUGCAUGUGAAACACUUUAAAACACACUGUAUAAAUAUCAUGUAUUGUUUAUAGAGUGUUUAACAGCAUAUUAUGUGUAGUACAAGGAGACAGUCUCCCACUAGCUUUUCUAGCUGAUAUAAUUUUCUUUAACAACAACAGUUUACCCCUGCAGAUAGUAAAAAUAAACCAGUAUCCACACGAUCCUAUUAAUGUUAACAACCAUACUUUGUACUUAUGCAGCACUUUUCCUUGGUGCUCAGAGUGUAACACUUUUUAAAGUUGUUGCCAGAGCAGACUAAAUUAACUUCUCAUCCCCCUCUUUCUCUGAGGACAUCUGAUUGGACCCACUCUGUACUCCAAAGUCCAAAUUGAUUAAAACAUGAAGGAGGAAGGAGACUGUUGUGGGUGCUUUUCUUGAAACAUUUCUCCUGCUGUAAAAUUUCCCUGUUUUUAGACUAUUAUUGGGGGGAAAUUGGCACUUUUUGUGGAUUGCUGCAGAGGCUGUACACAUUGAAACUGUGAGUCCUCCCACAUGCAUUCAGGCAGCUCCCAUUAGCAGCUGCUCCACUGUGAACCUUGUUGCAACUCCAUUCAGUUGCAAUGUUGGCACUCUUUUUUUGCUCCUUUCACAUUGGUCUCCUUCUUCCUAAUAUGAGGAACAGUGACACCAUCAGAAGUGCACCUUGGUAAUUUUGGAGCCUGGACCUGAAGCCACCCCAAACACAUGCACACACCACACCACACCCACAAAAGUUAAGUAUCAUUCCCCUAUACACACGCACCGUGACACACGCAGUAUUUUUAACACAUGGGUUUUAGAGGACACAAACAGCAACUGAACUCACAAGAAUGUAAGAAUAUAAAACUGGUAUAUUUAUGCAAAUAUACAUUAGCAGAAGCAUUUCAACAUGCAACUUAACCCAUCCCACAUAUUUCUUCCCCCACUUUCCCCCUCUGUUUCUAAAGCACCCGGUGCAGGUGACAAUCACACUUGGCCGUCUGCUGCAGCACAGGCCGGCAGCGUGGCACAGUGACCACACCACCCAGGACAGACUAAAGAGGAUUUGGGGGGGGGUGGCAAGGGGUAUGGAGGCCGUGAACUUUGGCCCUGAAAUCCAGGGGUAAAAGCAUCUCUGGGCAUUAUCUCAUAGCCAAUCAAUUUUGGUUACGUACCAACAUCAUUGUGGGAAAAGAAGCUAAUUCAAAGUAAGGGCAAUACUUCAUGAAUGGACAUUACCUUGACUUUGAAUUAGCUUUGUUUAACUUCAGUAACAUGACUAAGAUGAUAGUAGGAUGAGGAAAGGCUAUUUUCAAGCACAAUUCACACUGACCCAGCAGUUGAUGGGGGCUGCAAACGCAAAUGAACAAGAGCAGGGGAAAGUGGUAGAACUCACACACAGACACAGAUUUACCACCUCAAUAAGAACUGGUUCUUACUUACCCAGGCAUGCUAGAGUUCAUGGAAUGUCACAAAGGUAAUGAAUGUUUUUUUGUAUCAAACUAUCUUACGAGGACAACUACGUGACUACAUAUAUACAGCAGCUCAACUUUCUGUACCAAAGGGCUAUGCUUGUGCAAUAUAUCAAGAAUGUAGUAAUGUAAAAGUCAAGUAAAUUCAAUGCCUACUUCA